AUGGAUACCGCUAGUCUCUACUCGCAGGCACAACCAGGCGCCUUUGGUGCCGAGCUCAAAGAUCAAAUACCGACCAUCAACCAGCAUCUCGUCAACGGCAUAUCGUUCCUAAGCGAGUUCAGAGACUUUUGCAAGGAAAGAGCUAACAUCGAACGGGAUUACGCCCACAGGAUCGAGGCACUUGUUCGAAAGUAUCAACACAAGAAGGAGAAAAAAACUGCGCACGCCACCCAGAAUGGAGGAGUCCCUGCAUCGCCUCUGGAGCCCGACUUCGAUCCUGCUCUCAACGACGGAACAACUUCUUCUAGAGCAUGGACGUCCAUCUUGAAUGAUACGGAAGCGCUUUUACGGGACAGGCAACAAUUCUCAGAGAACCUUAUUUCCAAAGUCUAUGAUCCACUCAAGGUUUUGGCUACCAAGAAGGACGAAGCGCGCAAGAAGCACGUCCAAUUCGCGCAAAAACUGCUAGCGGAACGUGAAAAGUCUGCUCAGGAACGCGACAAGGCAAAGGCCAAGUACGAUGCCAGCUGUGAAGAGGUCGAGAACUCCAAGCAAAAGCAAGAACGCGCCUACGAUGAAAAGAACCAGGAAAAGCUCAAGCGUUCGUAUUACCAGGACAUUUUGGACAUGAACAACAACAAGAACUCGUAUGUGUUGGCGCUGCAGGUUCUCAACGCUCACCGCAAAAAGUACUAUGACCAGGACCUCCCAGAAUUGUCUAACAACAUGCAAGCACUGGAUGAGAGCCGUAUUGAAGGGCUGAAGGAAGUGUGGGAGGGCUACAUUCGUUUGGAAUCCAAGUUGAACACGGACGCUCAGACGCACCUGGACUCGAUGAUGCAGGCAGUUCAGGCAGUGGAUGCCUCUGUUGAUUCUGCCAUUUUUGUCCGCACUCAUCGAGCGGCCUGGACAGCACCUCUGGAUCUGCCUUUCGAAUCUUCGCACACCUUUAACGACACUGAGGAACUGGUGCUGGAUGAUAACGCUCGCGUGUUCUUGAGCAACAAAUUGAUGAAGCUGAGAAGGAAGCAAGCACAGGCGACGGUGGACAUCAACGGUCGACUCAAGGACAUGGAGGGGCUGUUGAAUCUCAAGAAUGCCUAUAUCGAGAACAACAGUCUAGGCGAUCCAGAAGAGGUACAGGAGAGUAUCUUGGAGGCAUCCCGAGCAAUCACUGUCCUUCAGACCAUGGGUGCACUCUAUGAGGCUGAGAUCAACACCAUUGUCCAGACGAUAGGAGACACGGGAGUCCAGAACCAACCCCAUGACUUCAAGGCUGCAUCGUUCACUAUCCCGACAUCGUGCGAUUAUUGCCAGUCGACCAUUUGGGGCAUUGCGAAACAAGGGUUUACGUGUAGGGACUGUGGGUUCAACUGCCACUCCAAGUGUGAGAUGAAGGUGCCUCCCAACUGCAGUAACGUCAAGGGAGGAGCCAAAGCCCAACGGAAUUCGAUCCUGGGCGGAGGUCCACCGUCGGCAUCGUCUCCGACCUCGACUUUUAGCACGUUAUCAAGUCUUCCACCAGACCUUGCUCCCACAGGAACAGCGAUUUCCGAGCUCAAACAUCGGGCUUCCCUUCGCGAAUCGUCGUCGUCUUCUGGCGCUCUUGCUGGUGCAAGUGCAAGCGCUGCUGCUGCUGCCCGGAGUCCCCAGUCAAACAAGAGAGGGGCUCCUCAGGCUGGAUCGCAUGGGUCGCUGAACCAACUGCAGGCUCAUGUCAUCUAUGACUAUGAUGCCAGUAGUCCUGGCGAGCUCACAGUGCGCGUUGGCGAUGUGGUCACUAUCCUCGAAGGCGACGACGAUGCAUCCGGAUGGGUGACGGGUCAGGUGAAUGGGUCGUCGGGAUUGAUUCCCUUGAGCUAUAUCGAGAUGGAGCAGUUCUAUGAGGCACCUACCGAACCAGCACCUAUUCAAAAAGUGCGAGUUCUGUACGACUAUGAUGCACAGUCCAACCUUGAGCUCACGAUUCACGAAGGCGACAUUGUCGUCUUGACCAGUACCGAUUGCUCAGAAGGCUGGUGGGAAGGUACAUUGCGUGGAGUGACAGCCCAGUUCCCAGCCAACUACGUCGAGCUCAUUUGA